AUGAGUCAGUUAGUAGAGCAAUUCCUGAAGCUGAAGCCAGCUCGGUUUGAUGGUGCUGGAGAUCCGGAGAUGGCACCUCGAUGGAUCGAGAAGUUAGAAAAAGCUUUCGAAGUUUUGGGGUGCAUAGAUGAGGAAAAGGUGAUCUUAGUGGCUUACCAACUAGAAUGUACUGCCGAUGAUUGGUGGAAAGCCACCAGAGGAGGAGUUUUCCCUGAAGGUACUACCCUUAAUUGGACUACCUUCAUUGCGGCUUUUUUCGAGAAGUAUUUCUCGGAGACUGCUCAGGAGCGGAAGCUGGUAGAAUUUCAACGGCUUCAUCGGAACCAACCGAUGAUCGACCAAUAUGAAGCGGAGUUCGCUAGGUUGUUAAGGUACGCGCCGAGGAUGGUGGAGAAUCCGAUAAAUAAGGCAAGGAGGUUUCAAGAUGGAUUGAGGCCUGACCUUCGCAGCCGGAUGAUAGCUUUGAACUUGAGGACCUAUAAUGAGAUGUAUGAACGAGGUCAGAUGAUCGAGAGAGACAUGAAGGAAAGGGCUGCCGCAUCCGGAUUGCGGUUUACCCCGGUUAGGGACAAUCGUCAAUUUGGCAAGAGGCAAAUGGGAAGCAAUAGAUGUUUUGUCCCUCCAGUUAGGAAAAAUAUUGGAAGGCCCGCCCAUCAGUCCAACUGGAAUUGCCACUUAUGUGGAAGGAGGCAUGGAAGCGGGCCUUGCCCGAGUCAGACGGACGCGUGCUUUAAGUGUGGCCGACUAGGCCAUCAGGCGAGGAACUACCCGAUUCAAGCUCCAGGCCUCCGUUUCAAGGGCAACGACCCUAGUAUGGACCGCCAGCGGGAGCUGCUCUGCAGAAUAACCCGAAUAGGCCGCCAGCUUAAGGACGAGUCUAUGCUGUGGCACGUAAGCGGGCGGAAAAUGCGCCCGGCAUGGUCACAGGUACGAGGAUGCCAAGCUUACCUGGCUGCAGUGGUGGACCCGAUAAUCGAAGAGACGAAGUUGGAAGAUAUAGCAGUGGUGCGCGAAUUUCCCGAUGUCUUUCCCCAGGAAUUGCCGAGAUUACCACUAGAAAGAGAAAUAGAGUUCGUAAUCGAGUUAGCUCCUGGAACGGAACCGAUCUCGAAAGCACCAUAUCGGAUGUCCUUGUCGGAAUUGAAGGAGCUGAAGGUUCAGAUGGAAGAGUUAGUGGACAAAGGCUUCACUCGUCCAAGUGCGUCUCCGUGGGGAGCGCCGGUAUUAUUUGUAAGAAAGAAGGACGGGUCUAUGCGUUUGUGCAUUGACUACAAGCAACUGAACCAGGUCACCGUUAAGAACAAGUAUCCGUUGCCGAGGAUAGACGACUUGUUCGAUCAGCUGCGAGGGGCAACCGUAUUCUCCAAGAUAAACCUAAGGACAGGUUAUAACCAGUCGAGAAUUAAGAAAGAGGAUAUACCAAAGUCUGCCUUUCGGAUAAGAUACGGGCAUUACGAGUUUACAAUCAUACCAUUUGGAUUAACGAACACCCCAGCUGCUUUUAUGGAUCCGAUGCACCGAGUAUUCAAAGUGUAUUAG